AUGCCAUAUCAAAGGCACGGGGCAACCCCAAAUCAGGACCCCAAAAACGAGGACGAAACAGAGCCCCCAUUAACCGAAACUACUGCCCCUCAACCCGUCUCACCAGACUCCUUGCAACGACAACUAUGCAACCCAAGCGGAACCGAAACCCCUUCAGCACAAGAAGCAUCAGCACCAGCGCCAGCAAAAUCCGAAGCAUGUAGCUCUUUCUCUAAAAAUGCAACGAAUCUCUAUACGAUCUCAUACCUCGUCUUCUUUGCUAUAUUGGGCACUCUCGCGCGCCUGGGUCUACAGGCCCUAACCUCUUAUUCUGGCGCGCCGGUCGUAACAGGAGUGUUAUGGGCUAAUGUAGCAGGUAGUCUGAUAAUGGGCUUCCUAUUAGAAGACAGAAGCCUCUUCCGCGAAGAAUGGGGUAACUCCAUGAAAGAUGGUGCUGUCCAAAUACCCGCGACGCACCACAAGGCAGUCAAGAAGACUAUCCCGCUGUACAUUGGGCUGACAACAGGCUUCUGUGGCUGCUGUACAUCCUUCUCAUCAUUCAUACGAGAUGUCUUCCUAGCGCUAGCGAACACCCUACCAGACCCCUCACUACAAUCCGGCACGGACAUUGCCUCUCGUAACGGCGGCUACAGUUUCAUGGCGCUGGUCGCAGUCUUUCUCGUCACCGUAUCGCUUUCUCUUUCCGCGCUGAUCUUCGGCGCGCACCUCGCUCUAGCAAUGGGCGCAUUCACGCCUACAAUCCCUUUCCGAUUCACGCGACGCGUAGUCGACCCCGCUGUCGUCGUGCUGGCUUGGGGCUGUUGGCUCGGCGCCGUGUUCAUGGCCAUAUGGCCGCCAGACCGAUUCCACGCCGCCGAAACUUGGCGUGGACAAGCUAUUUUCGCAAUAGUAUUUGCGCCGGUUGGCUGUUUGCUCCGGUUUUACGUCUCGCUGUUGCUGAACGGUCGCGUCGCUACGUUCCCGCUUGGUACUUUUGCUGUGAAUAUGUUUGGCACAGUUGUUGAGGGGGUGUGUUAUGAUUUGCAGCAUGUUGUUGGGGUUGCUGGGGUUCCUGCUGCGCUGACUGGGUGUCAGGUUUUGCAGGGUGUUAUGGAUGGGUUUUGUGGGAGUACCACUACUGUUAGUACGUGGGUUUCUGAGCUUAAUGGGCUGUCGAGAAAGAGGUAUGCUUAUUUUUAUGGGGGAGUGAGCUUUUUAAGCGCACUUGGACUUUUGGUUGUUAUUAUGGGUUCGUUGUUGUGGACUAGAGGGUUUGAUGAGCCUAUUUGUGGAUGA